AUGGUGGGCACUGGUCAGAUCUCAGGGAAGACCGGGCUCAAACUUGCUGCAGAGGAGUACUGCCCUGUACUAGAAUAUCAUGAUGGCCAUGGCAAAGCAGUUCCUGUAGGCGUUGCUGCUCCUGUUGUCCAACCCCUUCCUGGCCUUUCCAGGUUGGGUUCCCGUGAGCGGCCUCAUCAGCUUAGGCACCAACCUCGUCUCCUCAAGUUUGAUGGUCCAGUCCCCAGUGAGGAAGAAAUCUUAGUCGACGAUGCUGGCAGUGGCACUAGCUCCAGUGCCCCUGCUCUUGCAGCACUCGAGCAUAUUUUUAUCCGCAGCUUGAAAGGGGAGGAUGAAGGAAUUUUGCAGCUAUUAUGCCAUACACCAUUAGAAGAUAAAGACACUCCUUGUGUCUCCGCUCCCCCCUUGUGUGUUUAUGAUGGCAGCUCCGCAUCAUGGUGCGAGGCACAGGUGGCUGCAGAAUGGCUGGAAGAGAGUUAUCCUGCAUGGGCACAUAGACCAGGAUACAUUGUACAUUGUAUCUCAGGAUAUAGCAACAUGAGAUGUUCAAGUUGGAGGAUGUUAUCCAAUGAGAUGAAGAAUGAAGGUUUUGAUGUCAAGUAUGAGAAUGAUGCAAGGAUCUGCAUCUUGGUGGAAGGAUGUGAGGAUGGGGCUGUAGUUUCCCACUAG